AUGUUGGCGAUUUUCCAAAAGGCGUUUGCUCAUCCACCGGAGGAACUAAACAGUCCGGCGUCAAACUUCACCGGCAAAAACCCAAAACUUCCCGGAGAAACCCUCUCUUACUUCCUCUCUCACCAUCCCGACACUUCUUUCUCCAUGAACUUCGGUGACUCCGCCGUUCUCGCUUUCGUCCGCCCCGAAAACUCUCUCCGUCAAAGAGUGUUUUCAGGAAUCGACGGAAUCUACUGUGUGUUUCUCGGGGCAUUGAACAAUCUAUGCGAUCUGAACAAACAGUACGGCUUAUCUGGAAAAACCUCAAACGAAGCAAUGUUUGUGAUCGAAGCUUAUCGUACACUUCGUGAUCGUGGUCCUUAUCCAGCUGAUCAAGUUCUCAGAGGUCUCGACGGAAGUUUCUCCUUCGUCGUAUACGAUACUCAAACCUCCUCUGUUUUCGCAGCUCUGGGAUCUGAUGGAGUAGAGAGUUUGUAUUGGGGAAUAGCUGCAGCUGGAUCUGUUGUAAUGUCUGAUGAUCUCAAGAUCAUUAAGCAAGGUUGUGCUAAAUCAUUCGCUCCUUUUCCGACUGGAUGUAUGUUUCAUAGUGAGAGUGGUUUGAUGAGUUUUGAGCAUCCGAAGAACAAGAUGAAGGCAAUGCCGAGGAUUGAUAGUGAAGGAGUGAUUUGCGGAGCGAACUUUAAAGUCGAUGCUUGCGCCAAGAUCAGUAGCAUUCCGAGAAGAGGAAGUGAAGCUAAUUGGUCUCUGUCGAAUUUGAGUUAA